AAUCAAGGGAGAGAGAGAGAGAGUGUGACAUUGUGUGUUGUUUCUUGUUUGGAGAAGGGGUUUAUGUGGGGUUUUCAGUGUACUAUAUGUAUCUGUAGAGAGAGAGGGAGAGAGGAGUGUAGAGAGAGAGAGAGAGAGAUGGGUUCGCUCACAAAAUGGAGUGGGAAGAGGACUACACGAAGGCAAAGAAGAAGAAGGAGUUGAACCCAUAUUAAUGGAGAAUUCACAGAGGUUUUGUAUGUUCCCAAUUCGAUACCCACAAGUUUGGGAGAUGUACAAGAAGGCCGAAGCCAGUUUUUGGACCGCCGAGGAGGUGGAUCUCUCCCAGGAUGUGCAGCAGUGGGAUUCUUUGUCUGAUUCCGAGAAGCACUUUAUAAGCCAUGUAUUGGCAUUUUUUGCUGCAUCCGAUGGGAUUGUUUUGGAGAAUUUGGCUGGAAGAUUUUUAAAUGAUGUUAAAAUUCCAGAGGCUCGGGCAUUUUACGGAUUCCAAAUUGCAAUGGAGAAUAUACAUUCUGAUGUACAGAUGUACAGUUUACUUUUGGAAACAUACAUCAGGGACUCGAGGGAGAAACAUAGAUUGUUCAAUGCAGUUGAGAAUAUUCCUUGUGUUGCUCAAAAAGCCAAAUGGGCUUUGGAUUGGAUUCAAAGCUCCAGCUCAUUUGCAGAAAGAAUAGUUGCCUUUGCAUGUGUUGAAGGAAUAUUUUUCUCAGGAAGGUGGCUUUGCUUCUGUUAUUAUUUGAUGCUUUAUUGGAAAUUGAAUUUGUUGCACAAGCAAUUACAGUCGCAAAAAGUUGAUCACAUUGUUCACGAAGCUGUUGAAAUUGAGACACAGUUUGUUUGUGAAGCUCUUCCAUGUGCAUUGAUUGGCAUGAACUCAACGCUUAUGAGUCAAUAUAUAAAGUUUGUUGCUGACCGUCUUUUGGUUUCCUUAGUGUGCAAGAGAAAGUACAAUGUUGAAAAUCCCUUUGAUUGGAUGGAGUUCAUUUCAACAGAGGCCUUAAGUUCUGUUUUGAUAAAGGAAAAGCCAACUUCUUUGAGAGAAGGGUGGGUGAUUAUCAAAAAGCUUCUGUUAUGUCAAACCUACAAGAUGGUGGCAAAAAUUUCAUCUUCAAGCUGGAUGAGGACUUCUAGUGACAGAAUUUUCUUGGUUUCCAAACAAGUAUCAGGUAGAUGCUGAAACAGGGCAUUUGAAUUUUGUAACUAUUCCCUUGGUGACAUUUUACACUCAAUGCAAAGGCAUCAUCAGUUCAUUAUAUAAAGUAACUAUCCAAGAAAAAAAAUAUAUUAAUAGUCCAGCCUGCUAUUUUUAUUAUAUAUGAAAUCUGUAUUUUUUGGUUUUUAUAUAGCAUUGUUUGUUUCUUGUGGUUCUAGGAUGUGUUUGAAUCUUAGAUUUGUCCAGGAAAAAGGGAAAAUAA